AGGCCAGAGGUUUGGAUGCAUCAAUUCUUCUCCCACUUCAAGAGGAACCCCUAGCUUUUCUUCCUUCACUGAACCAAGUGUCUCUCACAGUUUUGGAGUGGAACUGCACCAGCACUGUGGGAGGUUUACCAUUUUUCCUCGGCUGUAGUCGAUUGUUUCCGAGAAUGACAAAGAUACACAGAACAAAUCUCUUGGCCGUUCUGACUGUAUGUCUGGCCAUCCUCAGCAUUGGAGAAGCACAAGACUCUUGCUAUGCUGACAACGGCAAUCCUUACCUCAACUUUGCUACCAAGACGGCCUAUGAACAUGCUUAUAACAAACGAGGGAUAGCUGCUGUCCCAGACUGUAAGCCUGUACAACUGUGGCUACUGACAAGGCAUGGAACUCGGUGGCCAAAAGCUGAGGACAUUCCAGAAUUCCAAGAACUUAACCAAAUAAAGAACCACAUCAUCUCCAACUACAACUCCAACAAGGGAAGUCUGUGUCUACAAGACAUAGAGAACUUGAAGGCGUGGACCUUCACUCUGACUCCGGAAAUGGGAGAAAUGAUGACGGUUCAGGGAAGGCAGGAUCUGUACUUCAUGGGUCGUCGUCUGCGAAGUUACUUCCCAGAGUUGAUUGGAAACACUGUAUAUUCUCCUGAAAAGUUUGUGUUUAGGCACACCGACACGCCUCGUACGAAGGAAAGUGCAGAGUAUUUUGCGAAAGGAAUAUUCGGGUUGAACAUUGAUGAGCCGAGCCCCCAACUGCCUGACCCUAUAGCUGAUGAUCACCUCAUUUAUAAUUACAAAAACUGCCCAACUUGGAAAGGAGAAAUUGAAGAUGCUAUGCAAGAGCAGAAGAAGUUUAAUAAGGGCGAGUUUAUGAAUAGGGUCAUAUACAAUGUGAGCCGACGGCUUGGAUUUGACUAUAAUCUUACUCAAGAAAAUGUGAAACACAUCUAUGAUGGAUGUCGGUACCAGAAGGCCUGGAAUGUCACAGGUACCUCGCCUUGGUGUGCUGCAUUCACCAAGGAUGACUUAGAGGUGAUGGAGUACAGUGAAGAUCUCAGGGCCUACUACAAAUCAGGUCCUGGCAAAUCAAUAAACCUGCGCCUCGCUUGUCCCCUAGUCAAGGAUAUGUUUAACCGAUUCAGUAAUGUGGAGAACAAACCAGAGGGUGACAAUCCCAUUGGGGUUUUCUACUUUGGCCAUGCAACGUUGGUGAAUAUGCUCUCAGCUAGACUAAGUCUUACCAAGGAUAUGCCGCUGACAGCAGAUAAUUUCCCGCAGCAACAUCGUAGACAGUUCCGCACUUCCCAUAUCAUUCCCUUUGCUGGGAAUGUGCUUGCCGUGCUCUACAAUUGUUCCCGAGGCGAGAACCUCCAGACCAUUAUCUACCAGGCAGAGGAUAUUGUGAGAUACGAUGGCUGUAGUGUAGGCCUCUGUGAGUGGAACUAUCUCAAGCAGUUAUUCUCAUUUGUGCAGGACUCCUCCUGCACAGAUGACAGCUUUUGUUCCAACAAGAACAGUGCGCAUGUACAAACCUCUGUACAGUUGGGCAUGCUGAUUCUUACUGUGUUGUUAUCAUGCAUCUUAACACAGUAAUCACCAAAGUAUUUAGAAAGUAAUCAACAUAAGCCAAAGGAAGCAGUUGAGAAUUUUAGUGCCAUCAGAAGAACUUGAAUUGAGCACUUGAGCUUUCCGAAGCACAGGAAAAGAAUGAAUGAAGUUGUCCAAUUCCUUUCAUCAAAUGAUUCAGUGCUUUGAAUUGUGUACAAUUUGAUUGAAGGGUAUUUAAUGUAAAUCUUUUCUUUAGACACUUUUAGUUCUGCACAGAAUAUCUGGCUUAUUACAUUAGUUAAACACUAAUCAUUCUGAAAAUAUUUAGACAUGACAGUGUUAAAAAAUAAACCACAAAAUCAUUAUAUUGAUGUGAGAAAAUAUUGAAUUGUAGUGGACAGUUCUGAGAUGAAUUUUUGUUUUCCUUAUGGCAAAUUUUCUUACAUUUUUAACGUGAUAAACAUAUCAGAGUAAAACCGUUUAAGAAGUCAGUAUUCUUCAUUAACAUCCAUUGGGUAAUACAUACUGCAGACAAUAUUAUGUACUGGUUCUGGUAGAUCAAGUAUUCUAGAAUCUAAAAUGUACAUAUCUUUAUAGUAUCAUAACGAUUUGUUACAUUUAAAAGAUCUGAAAUAAUUAAUAUAAAUUAAAUUAAAUCAGGCACAUAAAUAAUAAUUUUAAUAUAAUUUGAAAAAGUCAAUCAAUUUAAAAAUAUAAAUAUAGUUAAGUGUAAUAUUUUGAGUAUGUGAACUGAAAAAUAGUAUUUUGUUGUUUAAUUUUCAUUGUUUUGUGGAUUAACUUUGUAAAUAAUUUAGUUAAACUUGGAUUUUUUGUAAUAUUGCGUGGAUUUGAUAAAGUAUAUUUGUUUAUAAAGAACUGUAUCUGUUAUAAUUAUAUUUGAUUUAUAUUUUAUGAAAAUGUUAUUUAUAUUAGAUAUAAUAAUAUUUUAUUGUUUAGUUACUAUUGUUAUUGUACAUUUAGUUAACUGUCAAGAAGAAUUCCUAAAUUUUGAUUAUAUCAACCAAUUGUUUACAAAAGUAUUGGAAUGAAUUCAAAUAUUUGUACUGUACUGAAGUAAACUAUUUAUAAUUUUACUAAUCCCAUAUUCAUGUGUAUGUGUAUUUUUUUAAUCAAAAUAUAAACCAUUGGUAUCACUGGUGAGACUUGACUGAGAAACAUGUACAACGACUACAACAAUGUUUCAUCUCAUCUAAAGUGAUUUAUAACUUUUACAAUUCACUACCUAUAGUUAGAUAUUAAUACGUGCAUUUUGGCCAGAAACAAAAAAAAAAAUUAAACCAUUAAGUUAGAGAAUUUAAAAAUAAAUAAAUUUGUAUUAAAAAUUA